AUGGCCGGGCGACCAGGCACCGCCGGCAGCAUGCAUAACCGCAUGCUUCACAGCCCUGGUCCCAUGCAUAACGGCAUGUUCGACGCCACCAACUCCAACGCUGCCUCGAAUGGCGCGCCUCCGGGCAUGGGUGGCUCGCUCGCAGGCGUAGACCUCGGGCCCUCGAUGCUCUCCGCCGCCGGACCCCCACCCAACGCCGGCCCCACCAUGCCCGCAGGCACCGGUCCCGGAGGCACCCCCACCACCGCGCUCAGCGUCUACCACCUCAUCACGCAGCUGUGCCAGCGACCCGAAUCCAACGCCGCCGUGCGCAAGCAGGGUUCCGCAUCGCCGCCCGCCAGCAUGGCUCCCACCGACGCAGCUAAGAGUGCCAAUGCUGCCGACCAGGACGGAUCGACGUCGCCCACCGACGUCGACAGCCUCGCCGGUUCGUCGGCACAGCGCGAACAUGCGCUGCUCGAGCUGAGCAAGAAGCGCGAGCAGUACGAGGACCUGGCGCUGGUGCUGUGGCACAGCUUUGGCGUCAUGUCGUCGCUGCUGCAGGAGAUCGUGUCGGUGUACCCGCUGCUCUCGCCGCCCGCACUCACGGCGCAGGCGAGCAAUCGCGUGUGCAACGCGCUGGCGCUGCUCCAGUGCGUCGCCAGCCACAGCGAGACGCGCGCGCUCUUCCUGCAGGCGCACAUCCCGCUGUUCCUCUACCCCUUCCUCAACACCACCUCCAAGACGCGCCCGUUCGAGUAUCUGCGUCUCACCUCGCUCGGCGUCAUCGGCGCGCUGGUCAAGCAGAACGACAACUCGGACGUCAUCACCUUUCUGCUCUCCACCGAGAUCAUCCCGCUGUGCCUGCGCAUCAUGGAGACCGGGUCGGAACUGUCCAAGACGGUGGCGAUCUUUAUCGUGCAGAAGAUCCUGCUGGACGAUAUGGGGUUGGCGUACAUCUGCCAGACGUACGAGCGGUUUUAUGCCGUGGGCACCGUGCUGAGCAACAUGGUGUCGCAGAUCGUCGAGAGCCAGGCGGUGCGUCUGCUCAAGCAUGUGGUCAGGUGCUAUCUAAGGCUGAGCGACAACCCGCGUGCGCGCGAGGCGCUGCGUGCUUGUUUGCCGGGUCCGCUUAGGGACGCGACGUUCAGCCAGCUGCUCAAGAACGACCACAUCACAAAGCGGUGUCUCGCCACGCUGCUGCUCAACCUCUCGGACCGUGUCGAGCAGUAA